ACAAGUUUGUGCCUGUGGUUGUGACUUGUGACGAUUUUAGAUGUACGAAAAUCUAAAUAUUUAUGUGUUUUUGAUAGCCUUAUUUAUUUUGAUUUUCAAUUAUUAGUAUUAAAUUAAACAUGAGUUCCUUAAAUUUCUUCCUGUUCUAGUUCUGAUUUGAUCAUGAUUAUUUUAGACUUUAACGAAUGGAAAUCUUGGUUCUAUCACAAAUAACCAACGAAGCAAUGAGCACUAAAAAAGACAAGUGGGAGGCCUUGGCCACAGUAAAAUCAUUUGAUUUAGGUGUAUCUCUGAACAGCGAUCAUGAAUCUUUACAUCAGAGUAUGCAACAAAUAGAUUUAGUCAACUCUCCAGCCACUACACCAAUUAGUCUUCUAGUCCAAUCUCUUGUCAAGCAACUUUGUUCAUUACUAGAAAAAGACAUGUCUAAGGCAAACCAUCUCUACAACACUAUUUGUGAGAAAUUACAUAGCAUGAAACUCAUAGAUGAUUCAUAUGCUAUGGGAGAAUUUGAAGCUAUGAGAAGCCAGUAUCAGCGAGCUCUUUACCAACUGGUAUCAAUAGCAAGUGGUUCUGAAAUACCUCUAACUUUACCAGCUACAUGGCCUAUUACAAGAUCUGGUCUUGAAUGGUCCCGAUAUCACAAAGAAUUUGAAGAACUUUACUUUAUUGCUAGAGGUGGUUUUGGUACUGUAUUUAAAGCCCGCCACAGAUUGGACGGCGUUGAAUAUGCUGUUAAGAAAGUAUUCAUCAAGUCUUCAGAUGUUGAUUCCAUUAUGUCUCAUCUUGCUGAAGUUAAAACUGUAGCUAGUCUUAACCAUCCAAAUAUAGUUAAUUACAAAGCAGCCUGGUUGGAACCUUUAAUAGAAUCAACUGUCAAAAAGAAACGCAAAUACUUCAUGGAUACAGACAGUGAUGAAUCAAUAAAUUCAAACCGUGUUUCAUCAGUAUACUCAAAUUUAAUGAAGUCAUUUAAAACAUACAAUUCAAAAGAACUAACAAAUAAACAUAGCCAGUCAGAUUUUGUUAUAUCUUUUGAAAACUCAAACGGUUUUGAAGAAGAUGCUUCAGAAGAAGAUAGUGAGAGUGAAGAGGAAUCAUCUACACCUGAUAAAAAUGUUAUAUGCAAAUUAUUGUCUUGCAAGGAGUAUGAAAAUUGUUCACGGGUGAAUCUAAAGUGGGCAACACUAUACAUUCAGAUGACUUUUUGUCAGCAGACUUUAAAACAGUGGUUGGAUGAGCGAAAUAGUCAUUUGAUUUUAUCCAGGAAGAACUCUGAUGAUUUGUGCCUUCAUCAUGCAGAUUCAAUUGAUUGCGGAAGUUAUGAAGGUCACCUAACUCCAGACAAAACAUACCCAGUAGCUUGCACAAAACUCGACAUCUUAGUGGAAAUGUUUACUCAGCUUGUGAGAGGACUACAUUACAUACAUUCUCGAGGGAUUAUCCAUCAUGACAUUAAGCCGAGCAAUGUGUUUGUGGGUCAAAGUGAAAGUGGGUUACAGGUGCAGUUGGGAGAUUUUGGCUUAGCUUGUCCUCUUCAACGAUCACACAGUGGCUUAGCAUUAGGAACUCAUUUGUAUGCAGCACCAGAACAAUUAGAUGGGCAGUGUAAUCCCAAGAGUGACAUGUACUCUCUCGGUAUAAUACUUUUAGAGAUGGUGGAACCAUUUAGCACAGAUAUGGAGCGUGUUAAAACAAUAACAGAUCUGCGGAAAGGGCAAAUACCGGCUCAUCUCACUGCCAACUAUCCUAAAAUAGCGCACAUUAUUGGUAAACUGGUACAAAGGAAACCAAGUAAGCGUCUGGACACAAACCAACUGCUAGAAGAACUUAGGAAUCUGUCAGAAAAUAAAGAUGAGAAAAUCCAGUCACUAAAAGAAGAGUUAGCUGCAAAGGAUGACGAGAUUGCCAAAUUGAAGAUGAUGCUUGCAAAGUUAAAUUACCCUUCAUAAUGUAAGAUGUACCUGAUUUUUUUUUUAAAUAGUUUCUUUUUAUAAUUAUGAAACAUGAAAUUUUAAGAUUUCAGUUUAAAUUUUUUUUAUAAAUCUAUUACAAAAGUGAAAAGUCAUCUAACAAAAGAACCAACCUUAACCUAGGCUGAAUAAAAGUUUUCUGAACAUUUUGGCACAUUUUUGGUUUGUUUUUUUUUUCCUAAAGAUUUGUUUAACCUGAGAAAUUAUAAAUCUAAGCACUUGUGGACAUAGUGUAUUUGACAAUGAUUUUUCCUAAUGCAAUAGGGUUCUUUAAUGAUUAAAUGAGAUUUUCCUCUAUGUAACUGUUGUUACACAUUGACAAUUAAAAUUGUUUUGUUUUCCCUUCGACUGUAAUGUUUGUCGAUGUGGGAUCAUAGGUUAUUAGUAGGUAUUAUAUGACGUAUGGCCAAUCUGCUUAACUAACACUAAAAUAGCAUAGAAGAAUAUUGAGUAAGUACCUACUAUUAGUAUAUAACUUAAUCUAAAUAUUGAGGGCUAAUUUUAGAAGUAAAAUAAUCAUAUUCUUCUAUACUAUUUAACAAACAACUCGAAAUAUUGUCUUGCCUGAAAUGACGUGUGUGGUGAAUAAAAUUGAUUUUCAAGUGUGAUUAAUUAAAUAAAUAUUUUAGGUAAA